AAAAAUCAAAAAAAAAAUUGUUAUCAAUCAUAUCAGUCAGUCAUUCGGUCCCUUUUGGAAUUUCCAACUUCAAAAUUUUUGCACGUUUGUUACUGUGAAUGGCUUAUGAAUGAAAAGUGAAAGAUAAAUGAAUGUAAUUUCGGCUUAACGUUCUAAUUGGAUAAAAUGUUCCAAUCCGCUAAAAUGAAUAAAUACUUUCUACCACUCGUAAAACAUUCUUUCCCAAGGAUCAACCCUCAGAGUGUUGCUCACUACAGUAUGUUGGAUAAAAUGCCCACCAUCAGUGUUGAAGCCGAGCCCCUUAUCAUUGAAGACCGGCCCCUGAAAAAUCAACAAAUCAGUCGAGCCAUGAAACAUCACUUGGAAAAAGUUUCCGCCUGGCAAAAAUUCAUGGACGAAGAAAAGCAUAAAUUUGAAGUUGGUAAAAGGCAUUUAGCAAACAUGAUGGGAAAAUCACCAGAAACGUUCACUCAGCAAGAUAUCAAUGAAGCAAUCGAAUAUUUGUUUCCUUGUGGGCUUUUCGUAAGAGGUGCUAGACCCAUGAUGAAACCACCUGAGAAAAUUUAUACUGGAACCAAAGAAGCUUCGUUUGAUAUAUCGGGCAGACCCUUUCAUCCGUUUUUUUAUACCGGCUUUCCUAAUUUAUAUCAGCAUAUGAGCGAUGCUGUGAAAGUUUUGAACAGUUUGAAUGAAUUCGAAGACAAAGUUAUCACUGGUAAAGAAAAUGGUGAUAUGUAUUCUCCGAUCGAUAUGAAGCCCUUACGUUGGAUUAAUUAUAAAGAAGCGAUAAAAAAAUUCCAGGAGGCCAUUCCUCCCAUUGAAUACGGAAAUUUCAUCAAUACGUUGACAGUUAUGGCUGAACAUCCUUAUGCUUCGAAGUUCGCAGAUUUCUUCUCCAAUUAUACUCACUAUCUUUCAGUAUCUACCAACCGAGUUCAAAUUGAUACGAUUGAGGUUUUGGAAGAUGGUAGAAAAAGAGUAGUGAUUGACGAUAUCCAUAGAAGAACUUCUGUUGUCAGCGUCACCGCUUAUUAUCCUGGAACUGGACUGUUUUCGAUCGAUGGAAAAGAUAUCCAUUAUUUCCAAGAUGUACAAGCAAAAGAAAUGGUAUUGUUUCCAUUAAUAUUUUCCAAAAUGUUGAAGAAAGUUGACAUAGAGGCUCGCGUCACCACAUUUAGCGGAGAUAUGGCGGUUGCCGGCGGUAUUCGAUAUGGAAUAUCUCGAUGUAUAGCUAAUUUCGUAGACCAAGAUAUGAAAGAUAAAAUGAAACUAGCCGGGCUUCUGCUACUUGACAAAAGAACAAAAGAAAGGAAAAAACCUGGACAAUGGGGAGCCAGAAGGAAAUUCACGUGGAAAAAGCGUUAAUCUGUUAUUAUUGUUGUUUGCAUUUGAAACGUAAUUAAUAAAUUUUUUCAUAAAUGUUUUA